GUACCAUGUGUGUUGUGUUUGGAUCUUGAUCAUUUUUUCUAUAAAUAUCUAGUUGGCAUUGUAGCAUAACUAUCAAGUGAUUGAGGAACUUCAUAGAAGAAAUGGAGAAGAAGCAAAAGAAGUUUCUGACUGUCGCGCCUUUUGAAUGUGCGUGGCGUGACGAUUUGAGGUUUAAGGAAGCCGGAAGAGGGUGUGUGGCGUUUGAGGCAUUUGCACACAACGAUGUGACAGUGGUUUUCCGUGAGCAGUUAGGUAGUCAACAUUACCAUUACAAAAGAGAUAAUAGUCCACAUUAUACUGUGAUCAUAGGUAGUCAUAGAAAUCGGCGGUUGAAGAUCGAGGUAGAUGGGAUCACAGCCGUUGAUGAAGCCGGUUUAGGUUUAUGUUGUUCUUCUGCAUUUCAAAGUUAUUGGAUAAGUAUUUGUGAUGGGUUGAUUAGCAUUGGAAAAGGGCGGUACCCUUUUCAAAAUCUUGUCUUUGAGUGGCUUGACACGAAGCCUAACUGCAGCGUGCAGUAUGUCGGGCUUAGUAGUUGGGAUAAACAUGUUGGAUAUAGAAAUGUUAAUGUGCUUCCAUUAACACAAAACCAUAUAUCUCUUUGGAAGCAUGUUGAUUACAAAGGUGAAGAUGACAAUGAAGAAGAUUUUAGGAAUGAAUUCGGAAACUUUGAUAAUCAUAAGGGGCUUGGAAGUUUCCUUGAAAGUUGGGAGUUAUCUGAUGUGUAUUUCGUUGUGGGUGACGAAGAACGCGCUGUCCCUGCUCAUAAGGUGAUCUUGGCAGCAGCAGCAGAUAAUUUUAAUCUAUGGUUGUUUGAUCAAGAUGUUAUCCCAAUUAAGGAUGUAAAUUAUCCGGUUUUGCAUGCAUUCCUUCGGUUUAUUUAUACAGGCUUUACCCAGAUUCCAGAGUCUCUACUGGGACCCCUGAGGGGUCUAGGCUUACGUUUUGGAGUAACUUCAUUGGUGAGGCAAUGUGAAGAAGUUACCGAACGAUUUAAACUCAAUAAAAAGUUAUUUGACUCUGGAAAGAACAUAGAGAUAUCAUACCCGAGCUCUCAGCCCCAUUGUGGUGGUGCCGCCUUUCCAUUGGGCCUUCCUGUGAAUGUGCAAAGGCUUGAAGAAUUGUAUGUAACAGGCGGGUUUAGUGAUGUGGACAUUAACAUUGAAGGUCAUGGUCUUGUUGUUCGGUCUCAUAAAGUUAUUCUUGGUUUGUGGAGUCUUCCCUUUAAGAAGAUGUUCACAAAUGGAAUGAUUGAGAGCAUUUCUUCAUCUGUUUGCUUAAAAGAUGUCUCACCAAAAGCGUUCAAGAUUAUGAUUGAUUACUUUUAUAAUGGUGGAUUUAACUUGGAAGAUACGAUUGAUAGUAACAACUUGCUACUCGAGCUUCUUCUAUUGGCAGAUCAAUUUGGGGUUUCUCUUCUUCACCAAGAUUGCUGCAAAGCGCUUUUAGAGCGGCUUUCAGAGGGCUCGGUAUGCCUAAUUCUUCAAGUUAUACCCUCCAUCCCUUCAUGUAAACUUAUAGAAGAAACGUGUGAAAGGAUAUUUACAAUGCACUUUGAUUACUGUACAACGGCUAGUACCGACUUCAUCUUGUUAGAUGAGUCAACUUUCUCUAACAUUUUACAGCAUCAAGAUUUGACCGUAACUUCUGAAGAGAGAGUUCUUAGUGCCAUCUUAAUGUGGGCCUUGCAACCGGAGGAAUUAUCAAGUUGGGAGGUGGUAGACAACAUGCUUUCAGUAACAACACCAAAAGAUCUUUUUGGGACUAGACUUCUAUCACUAAAUGUCUUGCUACCUCUUGUGCGAUUUUCAUUGUUUCCUUUGGUCCUACUUAAGAAGAUGGAGACAAGCAAUUUAAGCAUGCAAAUACGUACUUUUUAUUAUUUGGUGAAAGAAGCCAUCGAGUUCUUGGAAGCAGGUUUACAGACUCCAGGGAGUCAUCAAAAGUUCCAACAUAGACAAUCCAGUUUUAAGGAGCUCCAAUACAUACGUGAUGGGGAUAGCAACGGAGUUCUGUACUAUGUGGGCACAUCAUAUGGUAAACACCAAUGGGUUAAUCCAGUUUUAGCUAAGAAAAUUAGUAUUAUGGCUAGCAAUCCUACUUCAAGAUACACAGAUCCUAAGGUCUUGGCCUCAAGGACUUAUCAGGGAACUUCUUUUGCUGGCCCCCGUAUCGAGGAUGGGAAGAACUGUUCGUGGUGGAUGGUUGACCUUGGCAUUGAUCACCAGCUCAUGUGCAACUAUUACACAUUGAGACAAGAUGGAUCAAAGGCGUUCAUGAGAUACUGGAAUUUUCAGGGUUCAUAUGAUGGUAAAAACUGGACAAAUUUACGGGUACAUGAAAACGACCAAACAGUAACCAAACCAGGACAAUUUGCUUCAUGGGCAGUCACGGGCUCAAAUGCUCUGCUUCCUUUUAGAUACUUUAGAGUGGCUCUAAUGGGUCCCACAACAGACGAUAUCAACCCAUGGACACUUAACAUUUGCUUCUUGGAACUCUACGGGUUUUUCCGCUGAAUCCAUAUAGUUCUGUUGUAACCUUUUUUGUAAUACGAAUAAUUGGUGUAUUUUCUUUUGUAAGUUUAUAUAUGAUAUAGCAAGUGAGAGGUCUCGUCUAUGUAAUGUAUGCCAAUCUGUUGUUUCUGCUUGUGUGAACUCAGUUCAUGUUCCUGUUUAUCUUUGAUGAAUAAUGAUCAAGUUAAAUAAGACCACUUCUUUUUUUC